UACCCAAAUAAUUUGGUUAUGAUGUACAGAAUAAGUUGUUUUCUCUGCAUAGCAAAUGGGACAAGAACCAUCAGGUACAUGCAAAACAUAGAGCUUUUCCUCUUAGGUCCAUGUGUGUUUGAACAACAUACGACUCUUGUAAUUUUACAAAUCUACACACCCAUCUGCCAGAGGUUCCUUCCUGUUAAAAGGGAGUUUUUCCUUCCCACUGUUGCCAAGUGCUAGCUCAUGGGGGUUGUCUGAUUGUUGAGGUUUCCUCUCUGUCAUUGUAAGGUCCUUACAAUACAAAGCUCAUUGUGGUGACUAUUGUUUUGAUUUUUUUUUCCAUAUAAAUAAAACUGAACUGAAUGGAUUUGAAAAACUGUGGUAUGCAAACUGUCAGAAUUUUUCUGUUUCUCUUUCCUCACCCUAGCACACGGAAUCAAAGUAAAAAUGUAUACUUGGUGGCCGAUAUGGUCAGAUUAAUAAACGUGAAUGAUGAGGCUGGUGUGCAUGUAAGUCUGGCAAGCGCGAUUAUCUAGGUGGUGGAUAGCAAAGAAAAUGUUUGUCAUUGGCCAUGCCUGUGUAGCCAAGACUCAGUUUAUAAACAUGACAGCUAAAGCUACACAGUUAGCAUAGCUUACCUGCACAGCAUCUGCCUCCAAUGUUUUUUCUGUAAACCAGACUGAGCUAUCUCAGCGGUAAACAAUUCUGUUCUAGUCCCUCAAAGUUGGUUUCAAGUCAGAUCCUGUAUCCUGUAGCUGUUUUUCUCCACAACACACGAGUCAGCAUGGAUGGAUGUCCGGCACAGCAGUGACACAGAACAAUGAAUGGAUACUUGUCCUUUAAGAAACACUAAUGUAACCCGAAGAAUGAACAACCAGGAAACAUCAGCAGACACCACUGAAACAAACUUUGGGGGUCCUGCUUUGCCCAAAGAAAGGAAGGUGAUCCACUUCUCCAGCGGUGAAACUCUGGUAGUUGAAGACCGCGAGGAGGAAGAGGAGGAGACGUCAAACAAAACUCCCUUUGAAGAACCUAAACAGAAGACUCUAUCGUUCAAGAAUGUGGCCAUUCUAGUUGGGAGGUUUUCACUGCUGGCCUGUGACUUCCUCGGAGAAAGAUUAGCUGGUGCUCUUGGACUCAGUGCAGCCAAAUACCAGUACGCCAUAGAUCGCUAUCAACGUGAUCACAAGACAACAAACAGUCGAGCUCCAGAUGACCUCAAGAUGGGACAGACAGAGACCAUGACACUCUCUCCCAGGUCUGAUGGCAGUCAUUAUGGGGCCACAGGAGAUGUAAGUUGUCCUGCCAAUGCCCAGGAGAGCUCUGAUGAGAAACACAUGGCUGGAAAAGAAGGAUGUCACAACAAGGGCUAUCAAGCGGACGAGGAGCACUUGAAAUGAAUCUCAGAGAAGAAAUGCAAAAGAAUGUGAAGUCCCCGGGAUGGAAUGUUACAACAAUGUGAAGAAUAAAAAGCUAACAAAACAAACUAAAACAUUUUGCUGUGUCUAACUACCAGUGCAAGCUUUUUCCACCGUUCAUUCUUCCCAAUCCUGGCAAAACUGAGGUUCUUGUGUUCACUAAGUAGCUCUGUCAUUACUUCUGCCCCUUUGCCAACAAUAUCAAAUAAUCUACUAAGAUCCUCUGUCUUAUUUUUGACCAAAAAUUAAGAUGAGCUUGAGCUCAUCCAGUCUUAUUAACUUUACUUAAAAAAUAAUGCAAAAAUCAGACCUUUGAUUCCCAGUAAUGUAGAGUCUCUAGUAAACACUUUCAUUUUCUCCCCUCUUGAUUAUUGUAACUCUCUGCAUCUUAUUCCUCCUUAAUCCAUCUUCAAUUGGUCAACAAACCAACAGCUAGACUGCUAACAAGAACUAGCCUGCAUGUGAUUUAAUUUGAUUAAAAAAAAAUGUUAUUAAUAACAUAUGAAGCCCUACGUGGACAGGCUCCUGUGUAGCAGAGCUACUGACCUUAUAAGUGCACCUGACCUCUCUGACCAUCUGACUGCUCCACACUUUUUGGUUGUAGUUCCUAAACUUUGGAACAGCCUUCCUCAGCCUAUCAGGUCAGCUGGAUUUCGGAUUUGUUUUUAUAGGGUGCUGAAAACUCAUUUCUAUAGGUUAGCUUUACCGUAUCUUUUGCCCCAUUAUUUGUGGCCCUUUGUUCUUCUAAUAUGUGUGUGGUUGAUUCUGUUUGCAUGUAUAAAUAUGUCCACAUAUUUCUAAUGUCUUUUUUUUUAUCCAAACUGUGAAGCAAUUUGUAACUGUGUUUGUAAAAAGUGCUUAGCAACUAAAUAAUAUUACUGUUUAUAUAAUUGUCUAAAUAAAGUCAUUUUAAAUUAUAA